CCUGGGGGGCGGCGCUUCAGGCUCGGCUGGAGGCGGGGGUGGCCUCCCCGCGGAGGGCGGCGACCUGUUCGCCAGGCUUGCCGGCAGCCCUGCAGUGCAAAAGCUUCUGCGAACCGUAUUGGACAAUAUCGUCGAUAACCCAGGGGAGAAGAAGUUUCGCUGCAUCAAGGACGCCGCCGUGCGGAAGCGCUGCGGUGAUGGAGACGGCAGCUAUCUUCAGGCCACUGCGGUCAUGGUCUCCCUUGGUUUUGUCGUGGUGGACAGAGGGGAUGCGCCCUGGUGGAUGUUGUCCGCGGAACCUGACGGGGGGCAGCUGGAGCGUCUGCGAGACGCGCAGCGGCGGCUCGGUGCCGCGUCCGAGUCCGCUGCCGCGGCACAGGAGGUGUCCUCGCCUGCGCUACCAGCGCACGGCCUCACAGUAUCACUGGGCGACCUGGCGCGGCCAGCAGUUAUGACCGUGGACACGCCGCACGGCUCGAUCUGCGUGGUGGGGUAUCCAGAGACUUGCGUGCAGCUGGUCAGCGCAGCGGAUUUCCCGUGCUGGGCCGCAGGAGGCAGUGGCAGGCACCGCGGCCGCCCGACUGGCCUGCAGGGCGAUCACCGCGCCCUGCUCAGCGUUUGCAACCUUUGCGAGGGCUUCGGCGUCGCCGCCCACUGGAUCGACUGGCAGGGCAGCGAGAAAACUGCUCCGAACCUCGUCAGCCAGCCCCAGAGGUCCGAGAUGGUUCAGACGUGGACGCUGCACAGCUUCUCGCUGCGCUUGCACCCCCAGCAGCAGGUAGUGCUCGGUGGGGUGCGCGUCACGGAGCGCCCGCACCACACCAGCGGGCAUGUGGUCGUCUUCGUUACCCGCGGGAGCCCGGACUCCUUGGACCUCGCUGCGCUUGCGAAGAGGUGCCAACGCACCAUGGAGGUCGCUGGCGACGACCCGCGCGAGCCCCCCGAGGGAGCGGGGCGCCAAGGCUACCGGCCCGCGCCCCCGCCCCCAGGGGCAAGCCGCGGCAAGUUCUGGGGCAGCUAG